AUGAGCGCCGGCGAUGGCAAGGGGCUCGGGGAGGCCCGCGGUCAGGCGGACGCCAACAACACCCUCAGCCCGCCCGCGGGGCCCCACCAGAAUGGCGCUGCCACUGCCGGUGGUGGUGGCGGACCGCCCAGUACAACGGCUACCGCGCUUCCUGGGGGCAAGCCUGGGGCACCGGCGGCCGGGGCUGCCAAAAAGCCGGUCAGGAGACCCGGGAAGACACAGCCGGACAGACCCGUCAGGGCACUAUGGUGCCUCGGGCUCAAGAACCCCCUGCGCAAACUCUGCAUCGACAUCGUCGAGUGGAAGCCCUUCGAGUGGCUUAUCCUGUUCACAAUAUUGGCCAAUUGCGUCGCCCUGGCCGUCUACACGCCUUACCCCUUCGCUGACUCCAACGCUACGAAUUUAGCUCUGGAAAAAAUCGAAUACUUCUUCCUCGUCGUCUUCACAUCCGAGUGCAUAAUGAAGAUCAUCGCCUACGGCUUCUGCAUGCACCAGGGCGCCUAUCUGCGGAACGGCUGGAAUCUCCUCGACUUCACCAUCGUCGUGAUCGGGGCGAUCAGCACCGUGUUGCAAUGGUUCAUGAAGGAAGGCUUCGACGUGAAGGCCCUGCGCGCCUUUCGCGUGCUCCGGCCUCUGAGGCUCGUCUCCGGAGUACCAAGUCUGCAAGUCGUCCUGAACUCGAUCCUACGGGCAAUGGUGCCCCUGUUGCACAUAGCCCUGCUGGUAAUCUUCGUGAUCAUCAUAUACGCGAUAAUCGGUCUCGAGCUGUUCUCCGGGAAACUCCACUCCACCUGCUGGAACAACAUAACCGGUGAGAUAAUGGAGGACGCGCACCCGUGCGGCAUAGCCGGUUUCAAUUGCAAGACCAUCGGUGACGACUGGAUAUGCGACACCAAGCGCUACUGGGACGGGCCCAAUUGGGGCAUCACCAACUUUGACAACUUCGGCCUGGCCAUGCUGACCGUCUUCCAAUGCGUCACCCUCGAGGGAUGGACCGAUGUUUUGUACUCCAUAGAGGACGCGAUGGGCAGCACCUGGCAGUGGGUCUACUUCAUAUCGCUGGUCAUCCUCGGCGCGUUCUUCGUCAUGAACCUCAUUCUCGGUGUCCUGUCCGGAGAGUUCUCCAAGGAGAGGGAGAAGGCCAAGGCUAGGGGGGACUUUCACAAGCUGCGGGAGAAGCAGCAGAUCGAGGACGAUCUGAAGGGCUACCUGGACUGGAUCACCCAGGCCGAGGACAUAGAGCCCGAGGCGGACGAGCCACAGAUACAAGAUGGCAAGUGACCGAAGCAACAAGGGGAGAUGGAGAGCACCGACAGACUGGAGGGCGAGGAGGGCGUGCAGCAGGUGACGGCGUGGCAGAGGAGGAAAAAGGAGUUCGACAGGGCGAAUCGUCGGAUGAGACGAGCUUGCAGGAAAGCCGUCAAGUCGCAGGUUUUUUACUGGCUCAUCAUAGUCUUAGUGUUUUUGAAUACCGGGGUUUUGGCGACCGAGCACUACCAGCAACCCGAGUGGCUGGACAAGUUUCAAGAAGUGACAAACAUGUUCUUCAUCGUGCUCUUUUCUAUGGAGAUGAUGCUCAAGAUGUACAGUUUGGGCUUUCAGGGCUACUUUGUGUCGUUGUUCAAUCGUUUCGACUGUUUCGUCGUGAUUGGCUCGAUCUCCGAGACGAUACUCACCAACUCGAACCUCAUGCCACCCCUGGGGGUGUCCGUCCUCCGAUGCGUCAGGCUACUCCGAGUCUUCAAAGUCACCAAGUACUGGCGAUCCUUAUCGAAUCUCGUGGCCUCCUUACUCAACUCGAUACAGUCGAUCGCCUCGCUCUUGCUUCUCUUGUUCCUCUUCAUCGUCAUCUUUGCCCUGCUCGGCAUGCAGGUAUUCGGGGGAAAGUUCAAUUUCAGCGCCGAGGAGGACAAGCCGAGGUACAACUUUGACAGUUUCUGGCAGAGUUUGCUCACCGUAUUUCAGAUUUUAACUGGUGAGGAUUGGAACGUGGUGAUGUACACGGGGAUCAGGGCUUACGGUGGUGUGGCGAGCACCGGCGUGUUGGCCUGCAUCUACUACAUUAUACUGUUCAUCUGCGGUAAUUAUAUUCUGUUGAACGUGUUCUUGGCUAUCGCCGUUGACAAUCUCGCGGACGCAGAGUCCCUCACUGCCAUCGAAAAGGAAGCCGAGGAGGAGGCGGGAAAAAAGUCGAGGAGCGGCUCGCCGGGUCAGGAGUUGAGCGGCGAGCAGGACGACGGGGGCGACGUGACCGGUGGCGAGGACGAAGAGGGCGGCACGGACCUCGAGCAGGACCCUAACGAGGCGAUGGAGGACUACGAGCCGGCCGGCUCGGAGAAGGGCGAGGACGGGCCCCACGGCAAAGUCAGGCUCGACGUUGGCGAGUCCGAGGAGGAGGAGGAGGAGGAGGAGGACUUUGAGGCCGAGGACGAGGACGAGCACACCGAGAUGCAGGACGACGAGCUCGAGAACGAAGUGAGCGCCAGGCCAAGGCGCAUGUCCGAGUUCAACACCGGCACCAAGAUCGUACCCAUACCACCGGGGACCUCUUUUUUCAUCUUCAAACAGCACAACAGGUUUCGCAUAUUUUGCCAUUGGGUGGCUAAUCACAGUCAUUUCGGUAACGUGAUCCUCGUGUGCAUCAUGAUCUCCUCGGCUAUGCUGGCGGCCGAGGAUCCGCUGGACCCUCACUCGCAGCGAAACAAGAUCUUGGCGUACUUUGACUACUUUUUCACGUCGGUUUUCACCAUCGAGAUCUGCUUGAAGACCAUCUCGUACGGCUUCAUUUUGCACGACGGGGCGUUUUGCAGAUCGUCCUUUAAUCUCCUCGAUCUCCUCGUCGUUUGCGUGUCCAUAGUUUCCACGCAGUUGAGCUCCGGGGCUAUAUCGGUAGUGAAGAUCCUUCGAGUGCUGAGGGUCUUGAGGCCCCUGCGUGCCAUCAACCGAGCCAAAGGAUUGAAGCACGUAGUUCAAUGCGUCAUCGUAGCCAUAAAGACUAUCGGAAACAUAGUCCUCGUCACCACACUACUGCAGUUUGUGUUUGCCGUCGUUGGCGUGCAACUCUUCAAGGUAGGAUCGGGAACUUUUAUAAGGUACGAGGACGGUAACAUCAACAAACCGGUGACGGAGGAACGCAAGUGGGACAGGAACACGUUCCACUUUGACGACGUCGCCAAAGCGAUGCUCACGCUUUUCACUGUCUCGACUUUCGAGGGAUGGCCAAGCUUACUCUACGUGUCCAUCGACUCGAACAAAGAAGACUACGGACCAAUAUACAAUUUUCGACCGAUAGUCGCAGCUUACUACAUAAUCUACAUAAUCAUCAUAGCCUUCUUCAUGGUCAACAUAUUCGUGGGUUUCGUCAUCGUCACUUUCCAAAACGAGGGCGAGCAGGAGUACAAGAACUGCGAGCUCGACAAAAACCAGCGAAACUGCAUCGAGUUCGCGCUGAAGGCCAAACCGGUUCGCCGGUACAUUCCCAAGCACAGGAUACAGUACAAGGUCUGGUGGUUCGUCACCUCCCAACCCUUCGAGUACACGAUAUUCAUCCUCAUCAUGAUAAACACCGUCACCCUCGCCAUGAAGUUCUACCAGCAGCCCAAGGCCUACACCGAUCUCCUCGAUUUCCUCAACAUGAUCUUCACCGCGGUCUUUGCCCUCGAGUUCAUCUUCAAACUGGCGGCCUUUAGAUUCAAGAACUACUUCGGCGAUGCCUGGAACGUCUUCGACUUCAUCAUAGUCCUCGGUAGCUUCAUCGACAUAGUUUGCUCGGAAGUGACGACCGGAGGUGGUCCCUCGGUGGGCAUAUCCAUAAACUUCUUCCGGCUGUUCCGCGUGAUGAGACUGGUGAAGCUGUUGAGCCGAGGCGAGGGCAUUCGCACGCUCCUCUGGACUUUCAUCAAGUCCUUCCAAGCGCUGCCCUACGUCGCCCUCCUCAUCGUCAUGCUGUUCUUCAUCUACGCCGUCAUCGGGAUGCAGAUGUUCGGCAAAGUGGCCAUCGACAACGAGACGCCCAUACACCGGAACAACCACUUUCAAAACUUUCCCCAGGCUGUCCUUGUGCUGUUUAGAUCGGCCACUGGUGAGGCUUGGCAGGAAAUCAUGAUGGCGUGCUCGUACAGUAAAUUGGUAGCCUGCGCACCGGCACCGGCCGGCUCCAACAUAACGGAGGCCCAGCCGGAGAGCUGUGGCUCGGAUUUGGCCUUCCCCUAUUUCAUCUCCUUCUACGUGCUCUGCUCGUUUCUGAUCAUCAAUCUCUUCGUGGCCGUGAUAAUGGACAACUUUGACUAUCUGACGCGCGACUGGUCCAUCCUCGGGCCGCACCACCUCGACGAGUUCAUAAGACUGUGGUCCGAGUACGACCCCGACGCCAAAGGCCGGAUCAAGCACUUGGACGUGGUGACCCUGCUCCGGAAGAUAUCACCGCCCCUUGGCUUCGGCAAGCUCUGUCCACACCGGGUGGCCUGCAAGAGGUUGGUGUCGAUGAACAUGCCGCUGAAUAGCGACGGCACGGUGUUGUUCAACGCAACCCUGUUCGCCGUGGUGCGCACGUCGCUGCACAUAAAAACCGAGGGCAACAUCGACGACGCGAACGCGGAGCUGCGCGCGGUGAUCAAGAAGAUCUGGAAGCGCACGAGCCCGAAACUGUUGGACCAGGUGGUGCCGCCGCCGGGGGUCGACGACGAGGUCACGGUUGGCAAGUUCUACGCGACCUUCCUCAUACAGGAUUACUUCAGGCGCUUCAAGAAGCGGAAGGAGCUGAACGCGAUGAGGGAGAGCGACCGGGAUUGUCACAACGCGGUCACGCUGCAGGCGGGCUUGAGGACGCUCCACGAGGCUGGUCCCGAGCUCAAGAGGGCUAUCUCCGGGAACUUGGAGGAGUUGCAGGAUGACCCGGAGCCCAUGCACAGGAGGAAUCACACCCUGUUUGGCAGCGUGUGGUCAAGCGUCAGGAGACAACAGCAGCACUACCUCGACAGGGCAAGGUCGCUCAGGCUCACCUCGAGUGGCUCGUCGAAGGAUUCGCCGACCAAUUCUAUAGAUUUCCUGCGAUAUUCUUCGUUGCAGAGGGGAGGUCCGGACACGCCGAAUCAAAUCGUCGCGAGGUCGCACCAAGUCGUACCAAACGUUACUGGUGGUUUGGGUGACGGUGUGAUGAUAGGCCAACUGGGCAUGGAGCCGAGACUGAUGGGAGGCGAGGAGAGCAUACCGAUGAGGCCACUGGCGAUGUUUGGUGGACAACAGCAACCGCAGCUCAUCAACUACCACAUACCUCAGAAAAUCGUCGAUGGACCAGGUAGCGGUAACUAUCUUCAUCCGAAUAGGGAUUACGUGUCCUGGGGCGGAGAGAGUAACGGGAGCGUGGGCGCCGAGCGCUUGUCACACAGCCUACCGGGUAGCCCAGCCGACAGGAAGCCCAACUUCGAGGUCAUCGGCAGCGCCGAGAGUCUCGUCGGCAGGGUGCUGGUGGAACAAGGCCUGGGCAAGUACGCGGACCCGGAGUUCGUGCGCUACACCUCGCGCGAGAUGCAGGAGGCCCUGGACAUGACCCGCGAGGAGAUGGACCGCGCGGCCCACCAGCUGCUCCUGCAAGAGCGCCGAGGCCAAACUCUAACCUACCAACUGCAGCAGCAGACGGCCGGGCCCAACAGCCUGACCCCCCCACCACCCGACCACCACCCCCACCACCAGCCCUGGCAUUUUGGUCCCGGACAACAGCAGCCGCCCCAGCAGGGCUCGGCGGUAGCUUACCAACCGCUACAGGAUGCCUCGCUGCUCAUGCCUACGCAGACGUCGCCGAUGAUGCAGAGGCAGCCGUCGCCCCAACCGCCCGCACCUCCGUCUUAGCGACGCUCGCCUGGCGGCUCCGAUCGGGCAGCCGGGGACUGAGCUUUCACGUGUGCGUGUGCGCGUGUGUGUGUGUGUGUUUUUUUUCCACAGAUUUCGUUUCGACUUGUUUUUGUUUCUUUCUUUUUCCACAGCACCGCUGGCGUUUAUUACAAAUAUAUGACGUAUUGUUAUACACCUCGUUAAUAUUUAUACAUGAUAUAUAUUAUGAUGAUGAUUGUGGUGAGCUCUCCCGGUCGAUUGGGAUGCGCGCAAGAGGAGGGUACGACGAUGCGAACGAAAAAUAAGAAUGCGGUUUUUGUAGGUUAUAAUUGGUUACUUUGCAAGCGUCCCGACGAGGGGCUUCCCCUUUUUUCGAUGCAUGGGUAAAACGAGAUCGUUCGGGGUUCGGUGAAUCGAGAGAAAGAGAGACUACGCAAUAAGCGCGCGAGUCGUUGAUUAU